CUCUCAAUUUUGUUCAAGUGGGUGUCAAAUCUCUUUUACACGAAGGGAUGUCACAUAAAACCCUAAAAUGGAUAGCACUAGGGUUUUUUUUUUAUAUAUUAUUAUACACAUCUUAUAGGGUUCAUUCUAAAACCGCUGAAAACUUCUAUCACAGCCCUGAGGAUGAUUUUGGUUAUGUGAACUCUACCAAAGAUGAUGUUAAAAUGCCCUACGCUGAAAAAGAAGAUGAAUCUCAACUAAAAACUCCAGAUCCAGUACCCGCCCCCACUGGCAAAAAUUAUCUCUUCGAAAUUUGUAUGAUAAUUUUCAUCAUACUUUAUAUCAUUCGCUACUAUAUUGGACAACAUCAAAACGAGAGCCUUGCUAUUAUUUGGAUGCAUUCGUGCCUUCCCCUACUUUUUGAGCAAUUUAGUCGAGUUGGAGGAGAAAAUGCUACGCUUGUCAAAGAAUCUCAAUCUACUUUCCGCCUUACUUGCACAGGCCGCGUACAUUGCAUUGGCCUUCAAAUUAAUUUAAUUCUUCUCAGUCGUCAAGACAUAUUCAGUCUAUUAUACUCUACUUUCUUUUUAGGCCGAGAUUUAGUCACUAUACAAGUAGCUAUGAAUGAAGAUGCUCUCAGUCCUUUCGUCUUUGCUAUUAUAAAGAAUUUAGAUUGCCAUAUGGUUAUUAACUCAUUUCCUAACCUUAGCUCUUGCACGAAGCCUAUAAAAAGUCACUAUUCUGGCCUGGAUGACAGUACUUGGAGCGUUCUCAGCAAUUGCAAAAAGGUUGUUCCUCAAAUCAUUACGUCUGGCCUCAAAAGCUUUUUAAAUAACUUUGGUGCUUUCGUGAAACUUAUUUAUAUAACGAAUCAGUAUGCUCAUGAGACUUAUAAAAAAGUCCUUCACUUCAUUUUUGAGAUGCCAAAAAAAGACGACAUGAAAACCAUGGAGCCUAUACUAGCUAUGGUGCUUAGUCUGAUUGAUUUAGUAUCUAAGAUAAAAGUAUCUGAAACCUCCAGAGUUAUUUCGGCUAAGGCUUCAAAGCUUGGCCGGAAAGAAAAUACAGAUGCUGAUAAAAAGAGUGAUAAUUUACUAAAUAACCAAAUCAGGAAAUCGAAAAGGGCAAGGUGUUGA